ACAAGCAGUAAAACAGGUGUAGGAUCGUUCUUCAUAUAAUUAGCAAGGCUGUGUUGGUCAAGGCUUGCAUGACAACUUGCGCGUACACCUGCUGUCUCUCUUCCUUAACACACACCCUCCCACCUCUCAGUGCCCACUCGAGUUGUCUCGGAGUGAGGAUGAAGGCGCAGAACAUUCGGACCCUUUCUCUCAUCCUGUGUAUGCUAUCCUACCUGCUUGUGGGAGCUGCGGUGUUCGACGCCCUCGAAUCAGAGACCGAGAACUCGAGGAAGAAGAUCCUGGAACAGAAACGCAGUGAGCUGAAGAAGAAGUACGGAUUUACCGAUGACGACUACCGGGAGAUCGAGAGAGUGGUUCUUCAGUCGGAGCCCCAUCGCGCGGGGAGACAGUGGAAAUUCGCGGGAUCCUUUUACUUUGCUAUCACCGUCCUCACAACGAUAGGUUAUGGUCACGCUGCUCCAAGCACUGAUGCUGGAAAGGUAUUCUGCAUGUUCUAUGCAGUUCUGGGUAUCCCUCUGACACUGGUCAUGUUCCAGAGCAUGGGGGAAAGGAUCAACACGUUCGUCCGCUACCUCCUCUGCAGGCUCAAGCGAUGCAUGGGCUUACGGAAGACUGAUGUGUCCAUGGGGAACAUGGUGCUGGUGGGCCUCCUGUCCUGCAUGAGCACCCUCUGUGUCGGGGCAGCAGCCUUCUCCCACUUUGAGGGCUGGACUUUCUUCAAUGCCUACUACUACUGUUUCAUCACGCUCACCACCAUCGGCUUCGGGGACUUUGUGGCCCUGCAGAAGAAGGAGGCCCUCCAGAGGAGGACUCCCUAUGUGGCCUUUAGCUUCAUGUACAUCCUGGUGGGGCUGGCAGUGAUCGGGGCUUUCCUGAACCUGGUGGUGCUACGCUUCCUCACCUACAGCACAGAGGAGGCAACCAGGAGCCUGGAGGUGGAGUGGGAGGAGCAAAAGCCAGCAGCGCCUAAAACAACAGGGGGUGGGGAGGUGGAGGCAGAUGUCGAAGCAUCAGUGUGGGACAGAGCUGAUGGGAUAGAACGGUUUGGAGCUGAGGAUGGGAACAGUAGCCGCUGUAACCUCUCCCUGCCCAUGGAGGGAGGCACCAGUCGUACCAAUCUCAUCCCCUCUCCAUCUGAGGAGCGUAGAGAGACCCCUGGGGUCAGGGACUCUGCUAAGCAUCCUGAGUCCCACAUCAGCGCCCUCUGCUCCUUUAUGUGCUUCAGGUUGGUUGCCUGUGACAGCCCCUCUCCGGCCCACUGUGAGCACUCAGGCUGCCACAGCAACCCUGUCUUCUACAACUCCAUCUCCUACAGGGUGGAUGGAGCCUCCUGCAGCUCCAGGGGCACCUCAACCCAGUCCUUCCCCAGCAGUGAUGCCCUUUUUCUGGGGAUGAGCAGCCCUCACACACGGAGGAAGUCAGUAUAGCUGCUCACUCUGAACUAAAGUGGUCUUUGUUCUUAUCUACACUACAGCCAGAGAUGUUACUCUGAUUCUCUGCAGGUGGAACAAAUUGUGUAUGCUUUCCCAAAAAGGUCACAUUUACAUAUUUUAGGUUGUGCUUCUACACUAUAUAUACAAAGUAUGUGGACAUCCCUUCAAAUAAGUGGAUUCAACUAUU